AAACAGAUACAACUGAAAACAUCUGUUUUUAUUUUUUAGUUUGAAAAAUUGUGCAUCAAAACCCAAUGAUAACAGAGAUCGAUUCGUAGAAAAUGGGAGAAAGGAUCGCUAGGGGGAUUCACCACGAUCGUUGAUGAAGCUCAAACCCUUUCUCUCAGGUGCUGUUUUAAUCAACAAAUGGACCAUGAUCAUAUAUCCAAUCUGCCCAGAAUCAUCCUUCAUGACAUUCUGUCAAGGCUGUCGGAGAAAGAUGCUGCUAGGACAAGUGUUCUGUCCAAGGCGUGGGCAGAAACAUGGUCUACGUUUCCCAUCUUGUCCUUCUGUGACACCAAGAUUGUAGGAACGUUUCCCCAGCCAAUGAAAGAUUUUUUCAGGAAGAGAAGACUCUUCAUUGAUUAUGUGAAGAGAACAUUGCUGAGGUUCCGUGACCAAGUCUUAGCGGUCAAAGAGUUUAAGCUCGGUGUGAACAGUUUUGACCUUCAUUACAUGUCUAAGGAUGUUGAUCUUUGGUUGAAGUUGGCUGGCGAGAGUGGUGUUGAGGUACUGCAGGUUUGCCUGCCUGAUAGAGCUGAUCAGGAUGGGGAAGGUCAGGAGCUUUGCUAUGUGUUGCCGAUAGGUGUUCUUGAAUCGAAGUCGCUUAAGAAGAUCGAGUUGAUGGGGGGAAUCCGCGUUGAUCCAGCAUUCAUGAACUGUUCAAUCAAGUUUUUCUCGUUGCGAGAACUAUCAUUAUGGUCUGUCCUUCUGGGAGAUGAACAGGCAAUAGAGUAUCUCAUUUCUCGCUGUCCUUUGCUUGAAUAUGUAACUUUGAAGUGCUGUUCUGUGUUGAACCCUGGUGGAGCAGGAGGCCUGCUUGAGUCUAGGACCUGUCAAAUAAAAUCUAUUAGGAUGCGUGGUCUGCCGAAGCUAAAGGGAGUUGACGUUCAAGGAAUACAGGAGGUUUAUGUUGAUGCCCCGAGUCUUGAGAAUUUAUGUUUUUGUCCUGGUGAUUUCAACGCACCUUGUAAGUUGGAGUUUGAAAGGUGCACAAAUUUGAAAGGGUUACACUUAUGGUCUUUUAAGAGUACUAUUAUCACAGAGAAGUGGUUUAUUGAACUGUUUUUUAAAUUUCCCUUACUUGAGAGUUUGAAAUUGGACAAUUGCACAAUGUCUGAGAGAAUUUGUAUUUCAAGUGAUAAACUCAAGGUCUUGAUGUUGUCUGGUUGCUCUAACUUGAAGGAGGUUAUCAUUGAUGCUCCUAAUCUAUCAUCAGGUCAAUUUUGUGGUGAUGGUAUUGGUGCAGAAAAACCAAUUAUAUCUUUUCUGAGAAGUUCUAGUCAACUGGAAGUCAAAGUUAUGAUGUUCCUUGAUCACCUGGAUCUUUGUAACUUGAGGGGAUUUCUCCAAAAUUUCAAACCUCUAAAUGCUUUGGCAUCCCUUUCCCUAUUUAUCCAUCAGCCGUUUGUGGAUGAAUUCAACCCAGUUGUCUUGCAAGAUUCAUCCUCUCUGCCGAUCAUCAAACUCUUGGACCUACGCUCUGUUCCAAAAAAUGAAACUUUCUUUUGGCCUGUUGUUAAUAGCUUACUUUCAAGUUGCUGCCCAGAAACUAUUACGUUGAGCUUGCAUUCUUUUUUCUGCAGCAGAGCAUUCAUUGAGUUUUUCUAUGAGACGCUUAUGGGCAGGAAAGAGAACGACUGUUUUUGUAGUUCUGGUAGUGCCAAGUGUUGGUGGCAUGGGCUGAAGGGUGUUAAAGUCACAAACACUAGGAAUGCUGAUGACAAUGUUGAUUUUAAGACCAUGCUAGAUGCGUUGCCAACUUGGGCAAUUCAUGACAAUAUUAUCUUUAGGUUGGAAUUGUAGUAGUGUUAUCAACUGAUUGGCAUGCUUAUGUAGAAGUUUGACGUUACUGCAUAAUGAAAUUGCAUAGGUAGACCAGCCAAUCUUGGAUGUAGGCCACGAAACUGGAUGCAAUUUGUUAGUAUGUUCUUCUUUUGGGUUGCCCUUGUCCUUGAUGCCAUAUAUAGGCCUGAUUGUUGAAUAAAAUGCUUAUUGUUGGGUGAAA